GUUGUCAAGUUUGACGUUUCACAGACAUUGGUAUAAGUUUUUCAGAAUUUCUGAAACACAGCUGAAAAAGGCAACUUGUCAAGAAAUUUUCAAGUUUUAUUAGAAAAUUACAAAAUAGAACAAUGGCUGGCUAUGUAGCAAGACGCGGUCCCAUGGUUUUCUCCAGCUUGGGUAAAUGGGCAUACAACUUGUCUGGAUUCAAUCAAUACGGUCUCCACCGUGAUGAUUGUUUGUACGAAAACGAAGAUGUCAAGGAGGCAAUCCGUCGUCUUCCCCGCAAAUUGUAUGAUGAACGCAACUACCGCAUUAUGCGUGCUUUGCAUUUGUCCAUGACCAAGACCAUUUUGCCCAAGGACCAAUGGACAAAAUACGAAGAUGAUGUCAAGUACUUGGAACCCUACUUGAAUGAAGUUAUCAAGGAGCGCGAAGAACGUGAAGAAUGGAAUAAGAAUCACUAAAGCGGCCAAGAGCUUUUUUGAUUGUAGUAGCCAUUCUUUAAACCAAGUUAUUUUGUAAUUUCUAAACUAAAAGCAAACGAUGUUAAGUGAAAUAUGGAGAGUAACCAAAUAAACUAAAACUAAUUGAAAGAAAAAAAAACAAAAACAAAA